CUUAAGGAAACCUUGUAUUUUCAAUCAUUUCUAGCAUUUAUGAAGUGAGAACUUAAAUAGAGAUGAAUUGUGAAAAAAUCUGGGUUCUGAGACCUCUACCAUCGCAUUAUGGUAUUCUUGAGAGUAAACUUACCGAACGACCCUCAAACCAUUCUAAUUAUCUAAGAACAUAAAUUCCCUUUGAUUCUCUAUUGUUCUUUCUAGAUUAUACCAAGAAACUUCAUUGCUGGCUAGUGUUGCAUACCAAUAUGACAGACAAGGAAGAAGGUGGUCGAAAAUAUUGGCUGAUGAAAGCUGAAGGCGAAUCUCGUAUUGUUAAAGGGAUUGAUGUUGCUUUCACCUUUGAAAUGCUGGAAAAAAUUACAAAAGACGGGAAAAUGGAAUCUUGGAGCGGUGUCAGAAACUAUGAGGCUCGUAAUAUGAUUCGAGAUCAGAUGUCCGUAGGUGACUAUGCUUUUCUUUAUUGUUCUAAUUGUAAAUUUCCUCAUAUUAAAGGUGUAAUGGAGAUUUGCUCAAAUCCUCAUCCUGACGAUUCUUGCUGGGACCCGAGUGAUCCUUAUUAUGAUCCGAAAUCAACAAAGGAAAACCCUAGGUGGUACUCAAUAGGUGUACAAUCGAGAUAUCCACUAAAAAGGUCUAUAACCCUUAGAGAAUUAAAAAUGCAUUUAAAUGGAAAACUUUCACAAAUGUCUUUGCUUAAUCGGGCACGGCUUAGUAUUUCAAAGGUUCGUCAAGAAGAAUGGGAUUUUAUACAUCAACUUGCAGAGUUACCCGAACCAAGUGAAAUUCAGGAAGCAAGAGAGAAGGAGAAUCUAAAGGAAAUGAAGAAGAGAGAAAGGAAUAUAAAAGAUGAUGAGAAAGAUAACGGCAAGCAGAAAAAAAGCAAAAGUCCCUAUAACUCUGCAGUGGAAGAUGACGAUACUUCAUUGAACAAAAUAAAACAGAGUAGAAUUAAGAAAUGUGACAUCGAAACAAAAAUAUAAUUUUCUAACACAAGUAAUCUAAAACACACCAAUUUUCUCAUGCGUCGAUUGUCAUUCCGAUUAAGAUAUCUUGUUCCAUUCCCAUUCCCGCUUAUUUUCCAAGCUUGAUGCUAUUUUCUAAAUUACAUGAUUGUUUGAUUCCAAUUACUUCAAGGUUGUGUAUAAGAAACCUUUCUUCAAACAGUGCUCCUGUUAAUUGCUUUCCUUCUUCAAAUGCCCCAUGCCCAGCGUGUCUAAAAAAUCCAUACUCUAGACUAUCAUCAAUGAGCAUAGUUACUCCAGGACUUUCCACUAGCAAAUCGUUCGUUACAUGGUUACGUCUGAGUCCGAAGCAGAUACCUAGAGUUUUAUCGAAUAUACAGAAACUGGAAUCCGUUUUUGUAGCACGAAAUACUUGAUGUCUUGGACGAAGCUGAAAUAGAAAUGAAUUUGAGUUACCAAAAAACUCAGAUUGAGACUGUUUCCAUGGAGUUGUAAUGUACGCGCCAAGAACAAUUGGGAAUUCUUCUUCAGAUUUGUGAUUUUCAAACAAAUCUAGUCGUUUCGUACAUUGAUGAGGAUCAUUUGAAUACUUUUUAGGAUACUUUUUUUCGAAUGUCAAUUGUCGAGAAUUUCUUUUUCUCUCAGAAAUCCUAUGACCCUUAAAAAGCAGGAUAGUAGGUUCAUUAAAGUUUAGGACACGACUUUCAAUUGAGGACAUUGAAUAGCCGUGAUCGUUGGAAUUGAAGAGACUAAUCAAGUUUUUGUAAUUGAACGAAAAGUCAGGGAUACAUAAGCGCAGUUGAGCGUAAAGAAGAGAGUCUAAGACAGAGAAGGUGCUGAAACAGAAUUCGUCAAUUUCCGCAGGUCGCACAUGGGGAUGUGAAUAAAAAAUAUAGUCAAAGAGACACCCUAUAUGAUUCAGGAAGAACGGAUUUUCAUAUAAAAAUGUUAUAAAGUCAUCGAAAAGCAAAAGCGAUGAGAAACCGUCUUUUCUCACCCCGCAUAUUAAAAUAUCAGCAACCUUUUCUGCCUUUUUGAAGUGUGGAGUAGAAAAUUUGCUUAUAUGAUUACCAAUGGAUUCCCCCGGCUGAAGGUCAACUAUACAUAAAGCAAGUACGCAUAUUCGAUGGAAAUUUGUAAUCCGCAUACGAGGAGUGUUCUUGACAUCAGAUGUAUUUUUUCCUACAUCCUUAACAGUCUUUAAAUCGUAGACUUCGUUGAGGAUACCCUUGUUUUCUUGAGGAAUAGUGUCGCACCAACUCUCAAAUAUGAGUGAUAAUCUUUUAUCUUCGCUCCAUAUUUUCUGAUGUCUUUCAGUAAUACAAGCUAAAAACCUUGUAAGAGCUGAGAACGUUAAACAACCAUUACGAUGAUGGGAGCCAAAAUUACAAGCUGCCCGAUAAAAAAAAGAAGAAAGCUGCAAGGUAUCAGGGAUUCCAAAAAAAGUUACGCUUAAUGAUGCAUGUUAGUUACUGAUUAUAAUAAAAAUGAGUAAAAAAAAUAAAAUCCAUCAGUGUUUUGACCCAUGAACUUACAAUGCAUCCUCCGUCCAGACCUUCUCCCCAUUUUCGAAGCUUGCAAGGGCAUUGAAGUUUACUAACAUAUAUUAGCAAAUUCUUAGCUACUAUUCCGAAGUAUCAUACGUUUCAAAUUGUAACGUUCUAAAGGAUUGAAGUUUUUUAGAAGCGCAGAAGUUUCUUGCAUGUAUGGUUUCAAAAGCCUAGGAGAAUCCUCCGUCCUUCCUAGUAAAGCUUUGAUGUUUUUCAUGUUUCUACCAUCAUUCCUCUUCAAAAUCGUAAGAAAUUGGAUUGUUUUGAAAGUAGUG